AUGGGGAUACGCCACCUGGCUGCUUUCCUGUAUUAUUCAACUCAGAUGGUGGUGUGCUAUUCUGAGAGCUACCUGCGCAAACUAUGGACAGUUUACGAAGUGGCAGUUUUCCUCACGCUCCACCCUGGCAGCACCUUCUGCCUGAGGCACGAGCUCCACUGGAAGACCCUUUUUUAUGGUAUUGGGAUUUGCUCUGUCACCAGCAUGAUCUGGCAUGUGGUGCAUAGUCGCGGUAUCAACCAGUCCCUACAGAAUGCCCCAUUGGGUUCACUUACAGGUGUGUCCGUCGCCGCGAGUUGCGUUUACUAUUACAUAGCGUGCUUCAGGCUGAGCAUUUCAGAGCACGUGAAUCGCUUCCGGGUGGCCAAUGCAGAGUGCUUUGACGAGUCUGAUCGUGCGCUCGUUGAGCAAAACAUCGUCUUGCUGAUGCGGCACAGGGGUUUCGUGCAAGAGCCAGCCAGCGACUCCGAAGUCAUCGCGAAGUUUGAGAAUCUAGUGCGUCGCGAAUUGCCCCUCACAUUGUCUGCAUCCUUCGGGCGCAGCGGCAUCCCUUAUUCUACGGCCGUGUGCGCGAGUCUCCCGUACUUCCUGCAGAAUGUUGAUUCUGUGGCCGUUCAAUUUCUUGAUGGCCAGGCCGCUGACGUCAUCUUUUUAAUGCAUGUGCACAGAUUCACCCUGAAUGCUGCAGUAUUCCCGUUGGUGGCGGCACUCUCCAUUGUCAUCGCCAAUUUCUUCAUCCAGCGGUCGUGGGGAUUCAAGUCCACUGUGACCUUGAUGGCGCUCGUCCACCUGCUAUUUUUGGGGACGAUGUGGAUUUCAUGCUAUUCACUCUCCGCCAUGGCGCGGCGUGGUACCGAUUAUGCGGCACUAGCGUUGAUAGCCAUUGUGGCAAUUCUUCAUGCCCUCACCUUCGCUGCGUACCGGCCAAUCAGGAGCAUGCGGUACCGCCGUGUCAUGAUGAGCGGUGGCGGUGACUCGUUAGAGUUACAGGAGCCUGCCGCAGCGGCGGGCGCCGACGAAGAGCCGCUGACCGAGGGCACGCCCGCGCUCUGCGGGCCCGCCGCCGCAGUGGGCGACCUCGCCGCCCCGCCCACGCCGUCGCCGCAGCGGCGCGCCGAGGGCUCCAGCCCCCCGGCGCCGCGGCAGGCCGCCGAUCAGGCCGCCGAGGGCUCCGCGGACCCCGCCGCGCCCGGGGGCGCCAGCUUGCGGCAGCCCGCCGACGAGGCUGCCGCUGGCCGGGCCGCUGGCCCGGCCGCGCCCGCGCCCUCGCUGGCAAGCGGCGGCGCCGGGCGCACGGCCGCGCCCGGGCCCGCGGCCUCGACGCCGGGCGCCGCAGAAGGCUGGCCGCAGGGGCAGGGCGCCGACGGCGGCGGCGCAGGCUCGCCCGCGCACGCGGCCGCCGAGGGCGAGCCGCGCGGACAGGACACGAACGCUGCGCUCGGGGAGGCGCAGGCUGGCGAGGGCGGGCGUGGCGGGCAGCUUGACCCGCACGCGGAGGCGGCCUUGGCGGCGGAGCGCUCCCUCCGCGGCCCCGGGAUCGAGGCGGCACCAGCGGCGGACUGCUCCGCCCGCGGCCCCGAGAUCAAGGACGCCCUGCCUCAGUGCGGCCCGCUGCCGUACCGGGCGAUUUUGCCGCGCCGUCCGAGGGAUUGCUGGUGGGUCUUCCGCGACGUGCUGGGCGACAUGCUGCUGACGUGAUCCUGGCAGGGCGGGCGCGGCCCUCCUGGCGGCGCCCCUUUUCUGUGGAAGGAAGAGGAGGCAAUGAGGAUAACACUCAGGCAGGAGCGGCUGGAGCGGCAGGAGGAGCUGAGAGCGGCAGGGGCAGGGGGAUGCCCGCGCAGCUCGAAUUCGAGCCCCUGCGGCCCGCUGACCGGGCAGCGGCCGCGAGCGGGCCCCGCGAGACUCGCGGCGGCAGCGCCCAGCGCGCGCCUGCGCGGGCGGGGCGCGUGGCGCGCCAAGGUCGGCGGAUUGCGCG